AUGACGGCGGCGAUGGCAGGCGGCAGGAGGCAGGUGUGCGCGGAGCACGAGCGCGGGCUGCGCGAGGCGCAGUCGGCCGUCCGCGCCCCGGCGCCGGGCCGCGGCUCGGGGCGCGGGACGCCGCGCUGCAGCUCGGCGCCCGCCGCCGUCCGCCUGGACGCCGCGCCCGCCGGGACGGGGAGCAGCGGCGGCGCGCCCGCCAGCGGCCCCAGGCGGGCGUCGCGGGCUGAUUCAGCAACGUCCUCGAUAGAGAUACUCAAGCAGGAGGGUGGCGCCGACGGUCGCCAGAGGACCUCCGCCCGAGGCGUGACCGGGGCGGAGGCCGAGGGGGAUGAUGCGGCGGAGAAGCUCGCCGGCGGGAGCAGCGCCAUGGCACAGUUCGGCGCGGGCUCCCAAUACGUGGACGCCGUCGGCGCUCUGGCCCACCGGCGCUCUGAGCCCAUCGAGCCCCCGGAGCUGAUCGCACUCCCAGGCCUGGCGCAGAGAUCCUUGUCGCCGUCUGACAGCAGGUGCGAGUCGCCAGACAGGGACAG